AUGUCUCCUCAGGCCUACAUGGAGGACCACCUAAAGAACCGUGAGCGCCUGCAACAGGAGUGGGAUGCUCUGUGUGCAUAUCAGGCUGAACCCAACAGCACCACCAUCGGGCUGAAGGACGGAAAUGCCAAGAAAAACCGCUCUGCUGCUGUGGUGGCCUACGAUCACUCUAGGAUCUGUCUGAAGGUGGAGAGCGGUCAGGCCUCCUCAGACUACGUCAACGCCAGCCCCAUCAUGGACCAUGACCCCCGGAGCUCCGCCUACAUCGCCACCCAAGGCCCCCUGCCUUCCACAGUGGGGGACUUCUGGCAGAUGGUAUGGGAGAACGGCUGUGUGGUCAUCGUCAUGUUGACUCCUCUGGUGGAGAGUGGAGUGAAGCAGUGCUAUCACUACUGGCCUGAUGAGGGCUCUAACCUGUACCACAUAUACGAGGUGAACCUGGUGUCCGAACACAUCUGGUGUGACGACUUCCUGGUUCGCAGCUUCUACCUGAAGAACAUGCAGACAAACGAGACACGCACCGUGACGCAAUUCCACUUCCUGACCUGGCUGAGCUCUGGAGCGCCCUCUGCUAGCCGCACGCUGCUCGACUUCCGCAGAAAAGUGAACAAGUGUUACCGUGGCCGCUCCUGUCCCGUCAUCGUCCAUUGCAGUGAGGGUGCGGGCAGAACGGGCACCUACAUCCUCAUUGACAUGGUCCUCAACAAGAUGUCCAAAGGAGCGAAGGAGAUUGACAUAGCUGCAACACUGGAGCAUCUGAGAGACCAGAGACCAGGCAUGGUCCAGACCAAGGACCAGUUUGAGUUUGCUCUAACCACGGUGGCGGAGGAGGUCAACACCAUCCUGAAGGCUCUACCGCAGUGA